UAAAAAUAUCUCUAUAUUUAGACCGGCUAAAAAGCUCCCCCUCCCAUCGACCCCUGUUUACAAUUCCACUGUCGCCUUCGCAUCUCCAAUGAUGUACUCUCACCGCUCCGGUCUACACUGGAAUAUGACAAGCACUCAAUAUUUCAGUGUGAUUGUGUGACUGGAUAAUGAGUUAGCCCUGGAAGGAUAGCCCAUCAAGAAUUUGUCCUCCCGACGAGCCUUGUGAAUUCAAAGUCGCGAAGUCACAGAACAUUCUGCGUCCAUAAGCACGCACGUACUCGGCACUAUGUGCCUAUCGUAACCAUUCGACACUUUGGGUGGUAUCACUGCACUCUGCCGGGCUUUUAAAUCAAUUUGCUAUUGCACGGCUUGGGAACUGUACGGAGCGCAUGCUGCAACGCUUUAGAGUCGCAUCAGGAUAAGCCUAUUUCGCAAUAUAUAUUUGAAAAAAAAUUAAAAAUCCCCUGGGACAGCACGGGAAGGAUGUGUGGGAUAGAUGUAGACCUGGAGGAUGGAGGAGAAGAGGGGAAGGAUCAGGAGGAGGAGGAGUUUGGAGUGGGGGAGCGGGUCCAGAUGCUGCCCCCUCCCCCAGCACACAGCGGACCGGGCGUUUGGGGAGGGAGACGAGGGCGGGGGUGUUGCGUGGUCUGGGGUGCGGGGCUGGCGCUGUGGAACGUUGGCAUAGCCGUGGUGUGCGUGGUGAUCAUGGCAGCGGUGUUCGCCCUCGUUCUGCUGCCCACCAUCACGCUCCUCUACGUUGGCUUCCUCUGUCACUCACGGGUUCUUCAUUCUCCCUCCCCGAUCUGCCGCUACCUUGACGACAACAGUUGCUCCGCCCUCAUUAUCCUCGGCUUCGUGAUGAUGUCACCACUCGUCGUGGUCGCCGCUGCCACCUUCUGCGGCCUGGCACACAGACUCCGCCUCUUCCAGCUGUUUCAGCCAAUGGCGCGCGCUCGGCACCGUGGAGGAGGUUUGGUUUGGGCCUGGGAUGAAGACCUGCGAGCCUGGGUGUGAGCCCCGCCCCCAACACCCGGGGGCGACGCCCGCUUCAGGAGAGCCACUGUCUUCUGCUGCGGUUUUAUUUUAACUGUAAAUAUUUCAGCGGCCAAAUGUGUGCUUGUAAUGUCGGUGAAAUUACACUGCAUUGUAAAAUGUAUUGAGUCUUGCACAGCAGCAAAUCAAAAAAAAAAAAAACCUAUUCCAAUAAUUGUUGAAGUUUUUGGAAAAUGUAAUUUCCAUUAGUAUGUGUGAUCAGAUGGAAUUGUACUCUCGUCAGUUAUAACUGAGAUACUAAGUGAAAGUGAGUAGGUGUUCUUAUCAUCUCAGUGAAACACAGUUGAAUUUUGAUGAGUCCUUAAGGCUGAGAGUGUCCAGCUAGCAGCUUGUGCCAUUUGACCUUGCAAGUUGUGUCCUGCAGGGUUGUUAUGUAUGAUUGUUAUUUAGAGACAGAAUUGGCUUUCCUCAAAUCUGUUUAAUCUGUCACACAGACACAAACUCAGUUUAUGUGUACAUUUACACUUAUACAUCAGCAAAAAUACACACACACACACACACACACAUACAGGCAUGUAUACACACACAUAUAUUUAUAUAUACAGUGUACAUACUGUACAAAAGAAAAAAUUCCAUAAAGCAAAGAUGCUUUCAAAAAUAAUGAAAUUAACCAUUUUAAAUAUCAAAACAAUUACUAUAAAGAGCAGUGAACAGUUAAAUCCAAUCAAUACUUGUGACCACCCUUUGCCUUAAGAAAUCUCUUAGGUACACUGUCCUGCAGUUUUAUAAGGAAGUCAGCAGGGGGGUUGUACCAAACAUAUUGGAGAACUUGGCACAGAAAAGGUCUAUUAAUAUGAUAUUUUGCAUUUACAGAUACACUCUUACAAUUACAGCACACACAAGCUUACACACACACAUAUACAGCACAACCUGCAUUUACAGAUAUACACUAACACUUACAGUACACAGAAACCACACAUGCUUACACACACAC